AUGGAAUACCUGACGAAAGAGCCCGAGAACCUCAACGCCGUCCAGCGCUUCGGCCGUUGGCUUCGGUUGAAGCAGUACCAGAUCGAGGUCACGUUCGGUGUUUACAUGUUUACAUCGGCUGAGAGGUUUAUAUUUUGGUCUGUCGUAUUCCUCUUGUGCAGCUUGCUGACCAUCGCCGUCGUACUCUACCUACCCCAACAUCUUCUCUUCAUCAUCAGCCGCGCCUGGUUCUACGUUAAUGGUGGCGACAGCGGUGUUGCGUCCAACAUAGUCGCAGGUAGCAAGGACGUCCUGUCACUGGCAACUUCAUCCGUGGCGACGACUAUGGCAGCAGCGGCUACUGAGACGGCUGAAUAUAUGAACCGGGAGCUAUGA